UACCGAGUGUCGGCGUCGGCGGCAGCGGCCCUCCCGAGCUCCUCAGUCGGCUUCCGAGCGUGCUGAUCGACGGAGGCGAGACGGGAGGACCGACGGACCGCGCAGGGAUACCGGAGCAGCAGGAUCGUGUCACGCUCGCUGACUCUCCAGGACGGAUCACCUACAGCAUGCUGCCGCCGCCGCCGCUGCUGUUACUGCUGGCUCUGUUUGGGCCUCCUACCGCCGCCUUCACCACCCCGCCUCCGUCGGACGGCGGGCAGCUCACUGACGAGCUGCAGCUGCCCGACGAGCUGCAGCUGUCCGAGGAGGACCUGCAGCUGCUGCAGCUGCCCGACCACCAGCUGGACGUGCUGCUGCAGCAGCUGCAGGCGGCCGAGCCGGCGAACGGCUCGCGCUGGUCGGCGGCGGCCACCACCAGUGAGCGGCGCCGCCAGUGUGACGAGCAGGGCGCCGGGCCGCCGCCACCCAACCACUGCCGGCUCACCUGGGACGAGGCGCUCUGCUGGCCAGAGUCGCCGCCCGGCACGCUGGUGCUGCUGCCCUGCUUCAAAGAGUUCAGAGGCAUCAUCUACCCCAAGGGAGGCAACAACACGGCCAGUCGCUACUGUCACGUGAACGGCACGUGGGACGCCACGGCUAACUACUCGGACUGCAUCCCGCUGUUCAGCGAGGUGCUGCCGCCGCCGGACGAGUUUCGACGCUCCGAGUACACGUCGAUCAUCUACCUGAUCGGCUACAGCCUCAGCCUGGCCUCACUGACUGUGGCCACCGCCAUAUUCGCCUACUGCAGGGACCUUCGCUGCCUACGAAACACCAUCCACGCUAAUUUAUUCAUCACCUAUAUUCUGACCGACUCGCUGUGGAUUAUUACCUUGUCAAUGGAGCUGGGCGUGGGCCACCCCACCUUCACCUGUGUGAUCGCCGUGCUGCUCCAUUACUGCCUGGUGGCCACCUUCUUCUGGAUGUUUGUCGAAGGCCACUACCUCUAUAUGCUGGUCGUCCAAACAUUCUCAGCUGAUAAAAUUCGCACUCGUCUCUACCUAUUGGUUGGAUGGGGCGUGCCGCUGCUGGUGAUGAUCACGUGGGCGCUGGUGAAGGUGCGGACCAGCGAGCCGGCCGGCCGGCUGGCGGCGGGCGGCUCGCCACAGCUGGAGUCGCUCAUCAGCGACACGGGCGCGGCGAACACCAUGGCCGACGGCUGGUCAGUCGCGCCGGUGCUAGACGAACAGGGUGGCUACUCGACCCAGUGUCGGUGGCUCUCCUCCAGCCACUGGGACUGGAUCUACCUGGCGCCCGCCCUGCUGGUGCUCAGCUUCAACAUCAUCUUCCUCAUGCGCAUCAUGUGGGUGCUGAUCACCAAGUUACGCUCGACCAACUCUGCCGAGACGCAGCAGUACAAGAAGGCGACGAAGGCUCUGCUGGUGCUGCUGCCGCUGCUUGGCGUCACCUACAUCCUGGUGCUGGCGCCGCCCACCGACUACGGCAUGCUGGAGACGGUGUUUGCCUACCUGCAGGCCGUCCUCAUCAGCACACAGGGCCUGGCUGUGGCGCUGAUCUACUGUUUCUUCAACUCGGAGGUGCGCGCCUCGCUCCGCACCCACUACCGUCGCUGGAACAUGGAGCGCUCGAUGGCAGAGUUCUCCGGGAUCAGCCACAGGGGGUUUCCGUCCAGCCGGCGCCGCAGCUCGGCGACAGAGAUGACGUAUACGGUGACGGAGGCGGGGGCACAGGGCUGCGGCCGACUGCGCCGGGCCAGCGGCAACAGCCAGGCCGGCCGCGAGCAGCUGGCCACCGUCUGAGCUGGCGGCGGAGGUGGCGGCAGAGACACCGGCGGAACUGCCGGUUUGACACUGUCCAAACGAUCAGCUGGUCACUUUACAAACCAACAACUGUUCAUACACUGAGCGACCAGUAAACUACUCUCUGAAUGUCUGUCUACCGACUGAGGGACCAGCUGAUCAUCGUCCCCAGAACCAGCAGGCCACUCGUCAUUCAGUCAAGCCUGCCUCAAGCCAUGGCUAGUGGUGUGAGGAUAUUUCGGGUCUUCGCUGCUGCCGUUGACACGGGAAAUACCCAAAGUCACAGCGGUAUUGGCGACUGCCAGCGAAUAGUUGACCGUUGCUGGGACUGCGCCUCCUGAAUGCUGACGAACAAACUCAUACAAAAUGAGGGCAUGACAUUUUGCCUGAUGACACCGCUGAUACGUAUGUAUGAGAUUGAGCUGACUCGUAAAUGUCAGCAAUGGAUCGAAUUUUUAAUUACGAGGACCUUUGACGAGGGCAAUGUCAAAUACCAAGGCGCUAGUCAUUUUUAGUCAUCUCUGUAUAGGUGUGUGCGUACGUGCACGUAUGUCUUGCUUAUAUAUUUUUUAUAUUGUUCGCCGAUCUCCGCCCUUUUCUGGUGACUUCACAGUUUAAGACUGAGUUGUAAUGUGUAUGUGCUGUGGGCUGGCAGAUUGCGUUAUAGAUCGUAAUACUGUGAAGUUUCAUGUAUUCUGCGUUAGGUCCGGGGAUCCAUCUCUACUGGAUCCACUCGCACUUUCAUGUCAUCAGUGGACCCACUAGGCGACACCAGCAGUUUCUCAGUGUGACAGACUCAUUGGGCCGGUCCCGGGGCCGGCUGCUGGUCAAACCGUCCUCUCUAAUCUCUCCUCCCCGUACCUCUACCCAUCGGGGCAACUGCCCCGUGGCAGUGUGACGCCCCUGGCAAUUACAGGGCGAUUUCCCUCCUACUCUACACAGAAGUGUGCUUUUUUGCCGCUCCGUCUCGCCCUGCCUGUGCCAGUUGGAUCGUUGUAGCCGCUUUCAUCGUAAGUCGAUUCAUUUAUCGGUGUCGUUUUAUGACAGCUAUGCUUAUUACUGUGGUGUGAUGUGUUGUGCUGAACCGUCCAGUCCUAGUCAUCAGUUUCACAGAAGAUUAACGUCAUCAUGCAUCUUGCAUAAACGACUGUGAACCAUAAACUUUGGAUGGUCUUAGGGCUAAUCCGUCUUGGCUAGACUCUUUUUGCCUCUAGCGUAUGGUAAAUGUCAUGUACUACCCUUCGUGGUGAUAAAUUGCUUGAAACUAAACGGUCCUAGGUCAUAAGUCGAGUUAGAACAGCAGUGUACAUCGACAGUACGUAAAAGCUAGCAUUUAUUUAUCCUACGUUGAUUUUGAUUUCCUGCGGUGUUACGGACCAAACCUCUAGUGAUGACAGGUGUUUUAGGGUGUUUUGUCAAACAGUGCGUGAGUGUGAUUGAUGUUUCCCGUCGCACCUGUGGGCACGUGAGACGCUUUUAAUUGGAGUUGUAGCGGUGCACUAUUGGCUUACCGUGGCGUGGCCCAGCUGUUUAAUGUGAUACGUUCAGUUUCUGCCGUCCGUCAGACGGCUCCUGGGAAGACUUCGAUGAGGGUUCAAUGUUUAAAUGUGCGGAGACUUGUUGCGAUACGCUUGAGAAUGUAACUAUAUUUGCCUGUUAAUAUUGGCGGGUGUGUGUGCGGGUAUGCCGUAGCAGCUUUAGAGCAAUGCCCGGCGGUCUAACGGUUCCAUGCUGUGCCGUACGAAGAAGGAGGAGCUGCUGGGUAAUUUUGAGGUAUGUAGGACCCUCUACCGUGACUGCUAUAUCUGACCUGAAGAGUGUGUCACUAUGUGCUGAUGGCUGCUUACGAGUUAUGUUCGUGAUCGCUGUUCUUGGGUGACUGACGCUGUGUUAUGUGCUGGCUUUACACGAUGUCACUGCUGUAGAUUAGCCGGACGAGCUAUAUGCUGCGCUGUGGAAAAGUUUCAGUCGUGCGAGUAACAAACGCGCUGCGAAUUAGAUCGGUGUGCCGUUAGGUGCCGGGCUUGGAAGAAGCAACAACCCCGGACAGCUAGCGGUACACCUUGGGGAACGCUCCGGUCGCUACAUUGUCAAAAACCUUAACAUCAGUAGAAUAUUGAGUGCAGAAAUGGUGAACAUUUGGAGCACCGAUUGAGGAAUAGGCAUUUCCCUUGUCAAACUUCAUGUUUGUUCAUUCAUGUUUCUCCGAAACACCGGGAAAAGCCAGCAUAAGGUGAAGCUCUUAAUAAGUAUCAGGCUAUUUCAAUGUUCCCUCUUAACGCGUUGUUGUGGAGUAGGAAAACUUGCACUGACAUUGGCUUAGAGUUUUUUUUCUUAGACAGGAGCGUUCCCUCUAAUUCGAGUCGUUUGAAGAAAAUCGUUGAUGUCUCGGCGUUGCCCGAUUCCCGUGAAUAUACUAUUUUAGUUGGAACUGACUUUCUAUGAAUUAUGUCAGAAGCAGUAUCGCACGUCGAUGUCCG